AUGUUCAAAACCGAAAAUCCUCAGUCUGUUGUAAAGAAGUCUUAUUUUCGUGCAAUAUUCAACCAAGAUUUCAAUUUAGGAUUCGGUAAUCCGAGAACAGACGUUUGCUCGAAAUGCAUUGAAUUGGAUGGGAAAAUUAAAAUGGAAAACGACCAAGUAAAAAAGAAAGACCUCAUGAUCGAAAAAAGAGUCCACAGGCUCAGGGCAAAAGCAUUCUUUAAAUUGCUUCAGGAAAAAUCAGACGAUAUGAUCACUUUCUCAUUCGACUGUCAAAAAAAUAAUCCCCUACCCAAAGUACCUGACCAAAGUGCAUACUACAGUCGCCAAAUAUAUCUCUACAAUUUUACGAUUGUUCAGGGUUCUUCAAAGAACGAAUUUCCAAAAACAUCUAACCAGAUAGCCUCUGCAGUGUACGACCGUUUAAAUAAAACUAAUUUUGAAGGGAUUAACACUGUUCGUCUUGUAGCUGAUGGAUGUGGCGGGCAGAACAAGAAUAGCAUAUUGCUAUGUAUGCUGUCAAGAUGGCUUCUCGACAACACGUCUCUGAAAAAAAUUGAAGUCGUUUUCCCCAUUACUGGGCAUUUUUUCAUGCCACCAGACCGAGUUUUCGGAAACAUUGAAAAAGUCCUUAAAAAACAAGAAGUAAUCAUUCGACCUGAAGAUUACAUAGACAUCAUUGCAACAAAUGCAACCAUUACAAAAAUGCGUGACAUUUAA